AGGUUGCCGUGGCUAUCCAGGAGUCCUAUGUGAUCGUGUUGUUCAUAACAGGAGCCAUGUUGGACUAUAUGGAGCAGAAGGCGGGGUGGUUUGCGGCCAUGUUGGACCAGCGGGACACGGUGGUCACCAGCAUCAUCGGAGUCUACCUGAACGCAGACCAGGAUGACAUUGAGAGCGUCUGUGCCAAACACAACUACACAGGAGACGCGUGGGAGCUGGUGGAGCUUCUUGGUGAUGGCAGCAACAUGUGCCAUGUGGUCACCAAGGUACUUGACAGCAGGGACAAUAAUCUGGAGAAAGGAUUGCGCAGACAGUCUAUAAAUCGACGUAAAGAAAUUACCAACCCUUACUGGGGGGCUGAGAUAGUACCGUCUGCCUUCAGCACGCCUGGCGAGAGAGCUAUGAUAAUUUUUCCAGAGGAGGUGGAAGGAACGAUAACCCUGGAAUUUAGUGGUCUAUCGGAGACGGUACAGGCAACCCUGAUUAACCCUUACAAUGCCACAUUUUUUACUCCAGAGCUUACGAGGGACAACAUGAUCAUCACUGUGCAGAUUGAUGACAAGACCAAGUAUACCCUGAAAUGGACCUUCAAAGAUAUCCUUUCUGCUUUCACAAGUGUUGAAUUUCUACGUGAGACAACAGGAGCUGAGUCUAUAAGAGAAUUGGAUGAAAAGCUGGCGACAAAAUACAAAUGUACUCUCAACACAGUCUCCUACUCAAACCAAGUUUUAGAUUAUCUUGGAGACUCAUCAACAGCCUCCAGUAAAGGGCAAGGAUUAUAUCCAACUCUCCUGCAUCUGUCUGCUGCGUUCGGCCUGAAUGAACUUGUGUGCGCACUGCUGUCCUCGCCUGGUGCUGCCGUGGCUUGCUCUAUUGAAAACUCUGAGGGUGCAUUGCCAGCUGACCUUGCAAGGGAGAAUGGUCAUUCUGUUUUGGCCGAUUUUAUGCUUUCAUAUCAGAAAAAAGCUCUUUGGACUCUCCAAAAGUGGGUCGGCCUGUGCCUGCAGAACGUCAAAACAUAAAACAGCCAAAAACAACGGAUGAUUCCUCUUUGAGAGCUCCACCUCCAAUUCCCCCUCGAAAAAAGUCCACUUGUGAAACCCAUGAUGAAGACUAUUAUGUGGAAAUAGAUUCUCAAGACUGUUACGUCACUCCUGAUAUAGAGCUUGUUGGUGGAGCAAUGGGAUCCCGCGGUCAGGCAGAGCUCAUUGCGAUCCAGGAUGAGGUGAAGAGAGGGAACUUUAAUGUGGAAGAAGCUGAACGUCUAUUUUCAGCAUGGAAAGAUAGAUAUAAAAUGGGAAACACUGCCAGUUUUAAGACCAAACAGGAAGGACUGCUCAAACUGCAGGCAGAGUUCCCAAAUACUAUCCAGACUAUAAAAAAUGCACGGCAGAAAAAUGAGCCGAAAAAGAAGGGAAAACUCAGCAGUAGCAGCAUUGGUUCUGGAGGCAAAGACAACGAAUCUGGCAGCACUGUCUCUCACCUGGCCGUCCUAAUUGGCGGAGCUCUUGCCGGGAGCCAAACAAAAAAAUCUUCACGUUCACUGGUACCUGGACAAAGAGUGAGCAAUACAAGUAUUUCAUCAACCACUAGCUAUGACAGUGGCCGUGACAGUAACAUCAGCCAGUUGUCGCUUUCUUCUGAAGGUGGUGAUUUGGAGCCUGAUCAAUUAGAUUCUGUGCUACGCAAGAAGCCAUCUACAGGAUCUCAGUUAAGCUCUUCUACUAAUUUGCCAAAGAUGGAGAUAAGCCUUCCCAGACCGAAAUCAGUACCCCCUGGAUUGAUGAGUCAAUCAUUAUAUCCCUUCCGACAUCAUUCGGUUACUAAUGCUGAGGACCCUCUUUACUCUGAUGUUCCAAUCAUUCCAUGGAGCGUCCUAAGAAAAAAAGAGGGCAUCCAAAGAUAUGUAUCUAGCUCUUUUACGAAACGAUUCGUCAAGGAAAAAGAUUGAAGUCUCUGCACCACCUCUCCCUCCACGAGCCAAAAAAGCCCCAAUUGUCUACAGCAAACCAGGUGCAGAAAAGGGUUCUGCUCAGACAGCA